AUUUACGAAUUUAACAUCAAACAAAUUAAGGCAGUUUUGUAGUCCUGUAAAUAAAACAAUACUCGACGCAACGCACAGUUCAAUGUUCAAUUAGCCUAUAAAAUGCUGUUAAACAUGAUACUGGAUAAAGAUGUAGUGUCCGGGUGUUGUAAAUGUGUAGAAAAUCGACAUUUCGCCAAAACACCAUGCUUGUCAAAAAUGCAGAUGUUUGGAUCCAAUAAUAAAACUACAAUUACAAACGAACGGUGAGAAGAAAAGCGACGUGCGCGUCCAAACUGCGCAGCAGCGAGGGCUGAAAGCUGUGAGCUGUGAGAUGCAAAAGAAAGCCGCUCACACGUUCAAAGUACAUGUCAGCUGUUACUGAGCGAGAGUCUGGGGCGUCUAAAUAAGAGCGGGCGAGCAGAACAAGUGCCAAAUAAAGUUCUCGGCGAAUAGCGGGGUUUUUGGGAGGAGCCUGCGCGCCUUGAGCUCGAGACACCUUCUCAGCAUCUCCCGAGCAGGCGAGGGACUUGAGCUGCUGCCAUGCUGGGCAUUAAAAGAUGCUCAUAGAGUCCAAGCGGUAAAGUUUGAAGGAAACCCACACAGAAAUGGACUCACUUCAAGAUGGGUGAGAUGAAAGUUGCUGUUUGAGUCCCCAGGACGAGUGGGGCUGCUCUUUUCUCUUUCUGAGUCCGCCUCAUAAAUCAGGCUGCUGCUCCUGUGCGCCGUCAACAUGCCAGUUCUGGACAGAGAGCCCUCCAAGGAUUUAGCGGGCGCAGAGGACCUGGCAAAGCUGCCACUCCCCGCCCUGAAGGACACGCUGGACACGUACCUGAGGUGCAUGAGGCACCUGCUCACAGAGGAACAGUUCAAGAGGACUCAGAGCGCGGUGACGCAGUUUGGCGCCCCUGGAGGAGUGGGGGAGCUACUGCAGGCCAAGCUCACGGAGAGAAGGGAGAGCACGGCAAACUGGGUGUAUGAUUACUGGCUGAAUGACAUGUACCUGAACAACAGGCUGGCUCUGCCCGUCAAUUCCAGUCCUGCGAUGGUUUUCCCACAACAGAACUUCCGGGCUCCCAUCGACUCCCUGAGGUUUGCUGCACAUCUAAUUUCUGGAGUAUUGGAGUACAAGACUGUACUUGAUGCUCGUGCUCUGCCUGUAGAAUACGCCCGGGGCCAGCUGGCUGGAACCCCUCUGUGCAUGGAGCAGUACUACCGCCUCUUCACCUCCUACCGCCUGCCGGGACCUGAGAGGGACACGCUGGUGGCCCAGGAGAGCAGCGUCAUGCCAGAACCAGAACACAUUAUUGUGGCUUGCAAGAACCAGUUCUUUGUGCUGGAUGUGGUGAUCAACUUCCGCCGACUGAAUGAAAGAGAUCUGCUGACUCAGCUGGACAAAAUUGUGAAGAUGGCGAACGGCGGAGAAGAGCCGCAGCCGCCGAUCGGCCUCCUCACCUCAGACGGGCGCACAGAGUGGGCGGCGUCGCGCAGCGUGCUGAUGAGAGAGUCUACGAACAGGGACUCCCUGGACAUGAUUGAGCGGUGCCUGUGCCUGGUGUGUCUGGAUGACGCCAGCGGUCCGGAGCUCAGUGACAGCACACGGGCCACGCUAAUGCUGCACGGUGGGGGGCCCGCCAAGAGCGGCGGCAACCGCUGGUACGACAAGCCCAUGCAGUUUGUCGUAGGAGCCGACGGCUGUUGUGGAGUCGUGUGCGAACACUCGCCGUUCGAGGGAAUCGUCCUCGUCCAGUGCACAGAGUAUCUCCUCAAGUACAUGAUUGGCAGCCCAUCAAAGCUGGUCAGGGCCGCUAGCGUGAGCGAGCUCCCCGCACCACGCAGGCUGCGGUGGAAGUGUUCUCCAGAGAUCCACAAGCUUCUCGCUUCUUCUGCCAACACCCUGCAGAGGCUGGUGAGGAACCUGGACAUGGACGUCCACAAGUUCUACGACUAUGGUAAAGAGUUCAUCAAGAAGCAGAAAAUGAGUCCGGACGCCUACAUCCAGGUUGCUCUUCAGUUGGCUUACUACAGAUGUCAUGGGAGACCAGUGUCGACCUAUGAGAGCGCUUCCAUUCGGCGCUUUCAGGAAGGCAGGGUGGACAACAUCCGCUCCGCUACACCUGAAGCCCUGGCCUUUGUCCAAGCAAUGACUGAUGGGAAACUGAGCACAAGUGAUAAAGAAAAGAUGGACCUGUUACGACGCGCCAUAACCGCCCAGACAAAGUACACCAUCCUGGCUAUUACAGGUCUGGCCAUAGACAAUCACCUACUAGGACUACGUGAAAUUGCACAUGAAAUGAGGCUGGAAAAGCCUGAGAUGUUCAGAGAUGAAGGAUAUCUCAUCAGUAAUCAGUUCAUCCUCUCUACAAGUCAGGUCCCGACUACGGUUGAAAUGUUCUGCUGCUACGGACCCGUUGUUCCAAAUGGAUAUGGAGCGUGCUACAACCCCCAGUCAGACCACAUUAUCUUCUCCGUGUCCAGCUUCCACGACAGCCCACUGACAAGCUCAGCAGAAUUUGUCAAGUGUCUGGUGCAGGGACUGAUGCAAAUGAGGGAUCUGUGCAAUAAAUGCAACUUGUGCUCAAAUCCAAAAGCACAAAGGAAACAUCCGACCCUGCAGGUUGAAACCCAAACCAACACGCAAACACAACAGAAACCAACUGACUUCACCAAGAAUCAACAGAAGCUGCCAGAGGUUCUGGUGACAAUGUCUGACCAGAGUAGAGUGGAGGCUCCAUCACAGGGAGAGACACCAGCUUUGAAGAAGGAAAAUGAAUCAUAAGAAUCUGUCAGUGCUUGUGGUGUGACCUUCAUUGUGUGUUUAGUGCAAUAAUGUACAAACAAUGUAUAGAUAGUGAAAUAUACACUGUACCUGUGAUAUUAAUGAAAUGAAAAUAUUUUAUUGUAAUUCAGAUUGUAAAGAUUAUCAUAUAAUCUAUUUAUUGUUAGUCGUAUAAUAGUUGUAUUCUUAUUACAGAGGAACCUAUUUGCUACUAUAUAUA